CACGUUAAUACUCAAGAUGAAAGCCACAUUAUACACAAGUUUGUAGAGUCAAGCAGUUUAAGAGAUCAAUGAGAUAACGUUAACGUUAGCUAGCUGGCUAAAGAUAACGAGCCGAACGUUAGCCCUUUAUAGUCAAUGCGAGAACAAGCCUACUAGCUAGACAGCAACUAGCUAAUGAUAACCCGGAUUAACUGCACAGUCAUUUAGCUACAUCUCUCAUCGUGAAGACAUAAUUCAACUAUUACCCAUGGUGUCCAGUGAGCACUGGCAUAUCAGGUUGGAGUCUCUGGCAGAGGCACAGCCUGUGAAUAAGUCCCCUUCUACAAGCUAACGUUACUGUACGCUGAUGAUUAACUUCUCUCUGUCCGCGCUUCUUUCACCAACCUCUGGGAUAUGUCAGUGUAACCCUCCGCCUGCGGUAGAUGUGCUGAGGCUGGAGUAGCCACCAUUUUGCAUGUCUAGUGUGUUCCUCCCUCCAUUGCUAAUAGAGAAGAUUCCAGUUAUUUUCUGGCAUCAUUACGGCUAAGAAUGCCAGCUCCGAUCAGACUGCGGGAGCUGAUCCGGACUAUCCGGACAGCACGGACCCAGGCAGAGGAGCGUGAGAUGAUCCAGAAAGAGUGUGCUGCUAUCCGCUCGUCCUUUAGAGAGGAAGACAAUACAUAUCGUUGCAGAAAUGUGGCAAAGCUACUUUAUAUGCACAUGCUGGGCUACCCGGCACACUUUGGGCAGCUGGAGUGCCUGAAGCUGAUUGCGUCCCAGAAGUUUACGGACAAACGAAUAGGUUAUUUGGGAGCUAUGUUGCUGUUGGACGAGAGGCAGGACGUCCACCUACUAAUGACAAAUUGCAUCAAGAAUGACUUGAAUCACAGCACACAAUAUGUCCAGGGCCUGGCCUUGUGCACUUUGGGCUGCAUGGGUUCCUCAGAAAUGUGUCGUGAUCUGGCUGGGGAGGUAGAGAAGCUGCUCAAAACAUCCAACUCCUACUUGAGGAAAAAAGCGGCAUUGUGUGCAGUUCAUGUCAUCAGGAAGGUUCCAGAACUUAUGGAAAUGUUCCUUCCAGCCACAAAAAACCUGCUGAGCGAGAAAAACCAUGGUGUUCUCCAUACAUCGGUUGUCCUCCUCACUGAGAUGUGUGAAAGAAGUCCUGACAUGCUGUCCCACUUCAGAAAGAAUGAGAAGCUGGUUCCACAGUUGGUGAGAAUCCUGAAGAACCUAAUCAUGUCUGGAUAUUCUCCUGAGCAUGAUGUGUCAGGAAUAAGCGACCCUUUCCUGCAGGUGCGGAUAUUGAGACUACUGCGAAUUUUAGGCAAGAGUGAUGAUGACUCCAGUGAAGCAAUGAAUGACAUUCUUGCACAGGUUGCAACGAACACAGAGACGAGUAAAAAUGUGGGCAAUGCGAUUCUCUACGAGACUGUCCUGACAAUAAUGGACAUCAAGUCUGAAAGUGGACUGAGGGUCUUGGCCAUUAAUAUACUCGGUCGCUUCCUUCUUAACAAUGACAAAAAUAUAAGAUACGUGGCAUUGACAUCUCUACUAAAGACGGUACAGACGGACCACAAUGCAGUGCAGAGGCAUCGGAGCACCAUUGUGGAUUGUUUAAAAGACCUGGAUGUGUCCAUCAAGAGACGUGCAAUGGAACUGAGCUUCGCCCUGGUGAACGGCAACAACAUCAGGGGCAUGAUGAAAGAGCUGCUCUACUUCCUGGACUCCUGUGACCCGGAAUUCAAAGCAGACUGUGCAUCAGGAGUCUUUCUAGCUGCAGAGAAGUAUGCCCCUUCAAAAAGAUGGCACAUAGACACCAUUAUGAGAGUCUUGACAACAGCAGGGAGCUAUGUGCGAGACGAUUCUGUUCCCAACCUCAUCCAGCUCAUCACCAACAGUGUGGAGAUGCAUGCCUACACAGUACAGAGACUUUACAAAGCACUGCUGGAUGACAUCUCACAGCAACCUCUAGUGCAGGUGGCGUCCUGGUGCAUAGGAGAGUACGGGGACCUGCUAGUAUCUGGACAAUGUGAGGAGGAGGAGCCCAUCCAGGUGACUGAGGAUGAAGUUCUGGACGUGCUGGAAGGCCUCCUGGUGUCCAACCUGUCCACACCUGUGACCCGAGGUUAUUCCCUUACUGCCAUCAUGAAGCUGUCUACUCGCUUCAGCGGUGUUAACCGAAUCAAGAAGGUGGUUUCGAUAUAUGGCAGUAGCAUCGAUGUGGAGCUUCAGCAGAGAGCUGUGGAGUACAAUGCUCUUUUCAAGAAAUACGACCACAUGAGGCCAGCUCUCCUCGAGCGAAUGCCCAUCAUGGAGAAAACUGCUACUAAUGGCCCCACAGAGAUUGUGCAGACAAAUGGGGAGACAGAGCCCUCUGUUGUGGAACCAAAACAUCUACCACCUGUCACCCAGCCAGCCAACCAGGCUAAUGAUUUAUUAGACCUGCUGGGUGGUAAUGAUGUGGUGCCAGUAAUCCAAACCACGAUGCCCACCAAGCCUGCCUCAGCUGGAGGAGAGCUGCUUGACCUGCUGGGUGACCUCUCACUAAGUGGUGGCCCAGCCACUGCUCCUGCUUCCUCUGUGCCCACUUCCCAACCCUCUUUCCUCCUGGAUGGCCUCUCCUCACAGCCCCUGUUUAAUGACAUUGCAGCUGCAGCAAUUCCUCCUAUGACGGCAUACAACAAGAAUGGUCUGAAAAUAGACUUCACAUUUGAGAGAGCUAAUCCCAAUCCAAACGUCGCCGUCAUCACCAUCCAUGCUUCCAACUCAACAGAGGCGGAUAUGACAGAGUUUGUUUUUCAGGCUGCAGUACCAAAGACAUUCCAGCUGCAGCUCCUCUCCCCUAGCAGUAAUGUUGUCCCAGCACUCAACCAGGGAACUGUCACACAGGUCAUCAGAGUCCUCAACCCACAGAAGCAACAGCUACGAAUGAGGAUCAAGCUGACGUACACCCUCAAAGGCUCGCCUGUGCAAGACCUGGCUGAGGUUAAUAACUUCCCCGCUCAGUCCUGGCAGUGAUGAGCUGCUCCUGUUGCUCUUAAAAGCCCCCAUCAAGGGAACUAUGAAAACGAUUUUCCUUUCACCUCCCUCCUUUCUUCCAACGGAUCCCCCUGUGACGUCACUGCGGUCCGCUGCCCUCGAGUUGCAUGGGAAACGGCAGAGCAUCUAACACAGGAGAAAAAUACAGAUGUGACGAAGACCCUAAUGACUAUUGACAUCACCAGAAUAAUUGGGAAAACAUAUCAAUCAAUGAACUUUCUCUUUUUUUUCUUUCUUAAUUGGUUUCCAUGAUGUCUUUUGUGUAGUAAUACACCCUCCGCCCAGCACCAUUACACCACACAAAAGCACAUAUGCACACCAUUUACUGUGGCACACUUAACCUCUCAAGUCACUGUAGAGAAAAAUUGUUGUCCACUAUGAGCACUGCAGUAACCAUAGUUUUAUUUUAAUUUAUAAUUAAGCUCAAAUGCAGUCAAAACACUUUGCUCAGUUGAUAUUUAUGAUUGGCUUUGAGUUCAGAUUUGUUUUAUAUGAACCUCCAGUCCUAUGAUGGCAGCAGAAAAAGCUUUGAACCGUCUAUUUAGUGCAGUCGUAAACUUCUUGGAUAACCCCUUUUUGACUCUCCACAUCAUGAGUGAUAUAACUUGUCAGGGAGUUGAUUACUUAAAGCAUGUCUGAGCAUUUAUAGGAUCACAAUCACACCUGACUCGAGCUCAGAGGGGAAAUUUUGGUUCUGGUAACAGGCCUCUUUAUCCUAUGUUUCUAUAGGAAGUAGUCUACACUUGUUUUGUCACUGAUAAGAGCAUAACACAUCCAAGAUGUCCAGUUUGAUCACCUGUGGCUAGUUUCAGAGAAUGUGCUCAGAUUGUCCCACACAGCUCUCCUAAAAUCAUCUCAUCUGUAGCUUUAGUUUAAGAUCUGUAUAAUAAAUUCAACGGUUAAUUGCUUUGCAUAGUUUGAGGAGGUUCAUUCAUUAGAAUGGAUAUAAUCCAGGCCUGAAAUAUAUCUGAAGAUAAGCUGAUUGCAUUUGCGUUGGAAAUCUGCGUUUAACCUGUUCCUGCAUCCUGUGUCUUCACAGUCUAGCUUGCAAUUCAGAUACAUUUCAGAUUUGUUUACCUGGUUGAACUUAGUCACCAUGCACAUACAUGUAAAUGAAGCCUGUUAUGAAUGUAGUUACAUGCACUGAAUGCUUUUUUCCCCUCAAGUCUUCUUUCUCAUGGCUGUCUCCUUUGGGGACGCUCAUCUUAUUGGCACUAUUUUUGUGAAAGUAUGUUUUAUUUCUGCAGUAAUUUUACUUAAUUAUUUAUGCCUGAUAUCAAAGUGAUGUGCCUUUCUGACUUGGCUAGAUAAAAGCCCCUGAACUAUUGAGUUCUGUAUGAGCUUCGUUUGUAAGUCUGCUUUGUGUGCUGAUCGUGUUUUCAAUCUGAGGGAAAUGGUCGUGAUGGUUUUGAAUUGGUAUAUCACUUCAUUUAAUAAGUUUAACGUUUUCACUUCUGUCUCAUAAUUAGUUAUUUAUCAGUCACCUACCAACACUGGCCUACCUGUAUGUCCACAGCAAUGACUUUUUGUCUUCGUUUUGACAAAAACAUAGAUUAUAGCGACACAAUCCGCUUCUUUCCCUAUACUGUGUGGCAGACUUUCCAUUACAAAUGCCUGUUUAGAUGUUAUUAAUAACAUCCUAAAGUCCUAAAACAAAGGAAAUCUCAAAGAUUGUGGCAGCUAAUAGAUGUAAACUUUUCAUAGGCUGGCAUCAAGUGUCGACCAGUAUAAUGUUGUACUGAAGUGAAAUAUCAUUAAGAUAUCCCCCCCGUCAACAAACUUUGAAGUGUGAGUUUGCAUCACUUGGUGAGGUUCUCGGUCGGGUCGUUCAGCGGUGACUGUUGGUAUGUUUUCUUGGCGCUCGUCUUCUCCAAAUCAGAAUUCUGACCAUGCUGUCGGGGACAGUAACCUUAAUACCUCACAAUGUUAUCUCUUUCUGUUAACUUUCAGUUGUAUUAGGUUGACAGCUUUGUUUAGUCAUAAAUUGCAAUCAAGGGGAGCAUCUGCAUGAGAGAAACUAAUGGUAGUUUGUACGUCUCACUACUCGACCAGCUUAGCAGCCAUGCGAUGCUGUGUUUGAGAUCCUCAGAUGUUCAAUCAGGCUGCAUACUUCUUUUCACUCUGCUUCACUAUCUCUUAACGUCUAUGACCAAAUCAGAGAGACUAUUAGCUUUGGAAAUAUUUUUGAGCUAUGAUAUGUGUAUAUGGAGAAAAUAAUUUAGUUUUUUUUUUUGUUGACAAAUGCUAUAUUGGCUUUUUUUUCUGUACAUAUUGAGGGCUUUUACAAUUUUGUCUCUUGUACUAUCUUUCAUCAUUUUUUUUAGAUACCAUUUUCUAAAAAUUCCAAUUAUUCACAAUGUAUAUUGUCUAAAUUGAUCUAGUCACCAUCAGUCUAUCAUCACUCAUUGUAAAAGAUAUAUGAUCUGCUGCCUGUACAUUGUAUAUAGUUGUAAAACAAACAAAAGCUGAUCAAAUUAAAUAAAACCCACAUGAAGACUUAAAAGAUUAGCUAGGAAGUAUAAUUGUAUGCAUAUAUGUACAAAAAAGAACCUUAAAAUGAUGCAAUUGAGCUGCAUUUGACUUACUAUUCUUCCUAGUUCAUUCAUGAUCGGAUGCGUCAUAUUUACUUCUUUUAAAAAGAUGGAAGGCUACUUGUCGGGGUUCCUUUUGAUGCAAGGUUUGGAUCAAUCUUAACAGAUGUCUGAAUGAUGUACUGUACUACUGAGAAACCUAAGCACAGUGCUGCACAGCAGCAGAAGUGGCACCUUUUUAUUCAUCUGCCCCUCAAACGCCUCAUGUAUCCACACCCUCCUUCGAAGAGGAGCAGGUUUCUUGCCACCAUGUAACGCUUCCCUUUGGCCUUGUGUGUUUAGUGUUCAACCUACAAAUUGAUUUGUGAAAUGAUGCCCCGUGGUCUUGACGUGUUAGCGCUCAUGGUUGCCUGGUUACCUUUUUGUCUGCCAUGUAGCAUCUUCCUUAAGCAUCGUGUCUCAACCAAGCAAGGCCACUACUAAUGCCACACGAGGAGAUUUUUAGCCUCACUGUGAUUUAUUUUUCCCAGUAUGGUCAGUAGGUUUAAAUUUGAAUAGAGUUUUGUCUGGAUAGGAGCUGAUGGAAGUUUUAUUAUGUACUAAGUGGUUCCAGAUAUGUAUAUCGGAGAAGCAGUGUCCUUCCCUGGCUGGCUCUGAACAGUACAAGGCUUUCUUUUAGCUUCCUUUCAUUAUUUUCGUCCCUUAUCGCUUAUGUUAUUUGCCUCUGCAUGGCACACCUUUCAGUUUCUCUUUGUAGUCACUGAUGGAAAAGGCGGGGCUGUAACUCAUGUCAAAUUGAGCUGAGUCCUCACUGUUUUAAAUUCAACUUGACAUGGCAGUUAAUCAUGGCGGGAUAUUAGGAAGGAAGGCAUGGAUUGUUUGUUUUGGUAACAACCUUUUUGAUUUGUGUUUAUGGAGUGCUGCUUUACUAUCCCAAAAACAAACAUGGGACAAGCCUGUGCUACAAGCUAAUGACCACAAGGGGGAGCUGUGCAAAACGGAAGGCUGACGGGAUGGAAAAGGAAGUUUCAUACAUCUAUUCCUGAAUGUUUUUGUUGGUGUUGCUUGUAUUGUCUUAUUCAACCAGUAUGUAUGUUAAUCACAUCUGAUCAGUUCUUUCAAUGAUACCGUAAAUUCAUGCAGUUUUAAAUGUACAAAUGGAAAUAUUGAACCCAACAUAAGUGCAUUGCAACUUAAAAGGAAGAAAAGAAACGGAAACAAAUACCCAUCAGCGGUGUGAUCAGCGUUUAAGGUGAUAUUCGUGUGUGUGUGUGUGAGUGUGAGUGUGAGAGAGUGAGUGAGACAAAGAGAAAAUAAUCAUGCUUGAGAGGGAGCGUGAUGGCGUGCAACAUGUCUUUUAUCUAGAUGGGACAUGAUUUUUGGCUGCAAUUUCAACUUUCAGCUUCUGAGCUGCAUGUGAAAACCAGUGUAAAUAAUGUCAUUUCUACAGUUGACCUGAGACUCUUUUUGAGAUGCAAGAAAAGUUAAAACUAUAAAAUCUGUCACACCACCUUAAUGGAUCAGUACUAACAUGUACAAUAGGAAGUUGUUCAAAUAGUGCUCACAAUACUGUUAUAAUUGGAUAGUUGAUUUUUCUUUAGGGUGAAUUCAGUGUGUAAAGGGCUUGGAAAAGCAUCUGAAUUGCCACCCAUGUUCACGUUCCCUGUCGAAUCAAGAAAAGUGCAUCCAUUGUAUUUUGAAAACAAAAUCUGUUUGUUACCCCCAGUCCUGUCCUGACUGUAAAACAAUACGAUGUCUGAUUUGUCGGUGGAGGCAUGAGGUUCACUUUUUUCAGUCAGGUUUGACAUGUUGAACUGCAUCCCAGUUACAUGGCUUCAAGGUGAGUGUAUGUCAGACUGAAAGUAUGAAAUGAUGAUAACGAUGAGAAGUUGUAAACUAUUAAAUGGGAUAUUUUCAAUU